ACAAUGUAACGGUGAGCCAGGUAAUGAUUGGCAUGCCAAGGCAAAUAAUACAAGUGCAAGCACAAGCAAAAUCAAAAGCAUGAAGAACACAAGAAUAUUUUCUUUUUCCUUUAACCAUGGCCUGGAGGUACAGGGAAAAGAAAGGCACCCUCUACUAUGCAGGAGCAUGCAGACCAAAUCCUGGCCAGGCCAGCAUCGGUUAUGUCAUAAAAAAUCACAGUGGUGCUCUGUUGGAUGUGUAUGGCGACCUCAUUGAUCCAUAUCCGCUUUCCAGUAAUGCUGCACAUUACAGGGCGCUCAUUAAUGGCCUCCGCCGUGCUUCCGAUCUCGGAUUCACACACAUUGUGGCCUGCGGUCAUCUGGAGCUCAUAAGCGACCAGUUAAACGGCGUCUGCGCAACACGAAAACCUAAUAUGCAAAGGUACCGACGAAAGGUUCGGAAAAUCGCCUCAUCUUUCGAGGAUUUUCAAGCGGAGUAUAUCUCUGCCGAGGACAACUCACACGCCCGCUCCCUCGCGCAGGAUUGUCUGUAGCUUUGCAUGCAUUAUUGCCUAACUUUCUAUAUUGUCAGUUUCAGAAAAUUUAGGUUUAUUUUGGUUUUUGUUCUUCCUUCUGCGCUGCCCUGGAAAUACGCAAUCGGAAGGGAAAUGAGAGGGAUUUGAGUUUCGGCAUGACAAGACAGAAUCUUUUGAGAUGCUUGGCGUGCUUGUUCUGUGACGAGGGUUUUAGGGGUUAGGGUUAUGCACAUUAUUACUGUGAAACUUCAAAACAAAAUCUUUCGAUUUUUAAUUGCGUCCUUGAGAUAUAGAGCAAUCUGUGAGAUACUAAUCUGUAUAGCUUUUUCAAAAAGGAAAAAAAAUAAUCUGCCUGGUUUUUUCAAAAAGAAAAGAAAAAUCUGCCUGGCGCGGUCUCUCUCUUUUAUGCUAUGAUUGACUGGUUUCUAUCUUGUCAAAUCUAGUAGGAAUUUGUAUGUGGUUUCUGGUUUCUCUGUUUUCUGAGAUAAUCUGUUGCUCGGUGCUUAGGCUAGGUUUUCAUGCACGGCAAUCUCUGAAACUCGAAGAUUUAGUAGGAAUGUUUUUGGUUGUAAUUCUACAACCCUGCUAAUUCAUUUUGGAAACACCAUGUCUACGAUAAAAUUAUUGUAUUUUA